AGAGCCUGGAGAGACAGUUUUAGCUGGACAUGCUGCUGUUGCUGCUGCUGCUGCUGCUCUGGGGGAUAAAGGGUGUGGAGGGUCAGAACCCCCAAGAGGUUUUCACCCUGAAUGUGGAAAGGAAGGUGGUGGUGCAGGAGGGCCUGUGUGUCCUUGUGCCCUGUAACUUCUCCUAUCUCAAGAAGAGGUUGACUGACUGGACUGACUCAGACCCAGUUCAUGGAUUCUGGUACAGGGAAGGAACCGACAGACGCAAAGAUUCCAUCGUGGCCACAAAUAACCCAAUUCGUAAAGCAGUGAAGGAAACCCGGAAUCGAUUCUUCCUGCUCGGAGACCCUUGGAGGAAUGACUGCUCCCUGAACAUCAGAGAGAUCAGAAAGAAGGAUGCGGGGUUAUACUUCUUUCGCCUGGAGCGUGGAAAAACAAAGUAUAAUUACAUGUGGGACAAGAUGACUCUGGUUGUAACAGCCCUCACUAACACCCCCCAAAUUCUUCUCCCGGAGACGCUUGAAGCUGGCCAUCCCAGCAACCUGACCUGCUCUGUGCCUUGGGACUGUGGGUGGACGGCACCUCCCAUCUUCUCCUGGACUGGUACCUCUGUGUCAUUUUUGAGCACCAACACUACGGGUUCCUCAGUGCUAACCAUCACCCCUCAGCCUCAGGACCAUGGCACCAACCUCACUUGUCAGGUGACCCUGCCUGGAACUAAUGUGUCCACAAGAAUGACCAUCCGUCUCAACGUGUCAUAUGCUCCAAAGAAUCUGACUGUGACCAUCUAUCAAGGAGCUGACUCAGUUUCCACAAUCCUGAAGAAUGGCUCAUCUCUUCCUAUCUCUGAGGGCCAGUCACUGCGUCUCAUCUGCAGCACCGACAGCUAUCCCCCUGCGAACCUAAGCUGGUCCUGGGAUAACCUGACCCUGUGCCCAUCAAAGUUGUCCAAGCCCGGGCUCCUGGAGCUGUUUCCAGUGCAUCUUAAGCACGGAGGAGUGUAUACCUGCCAAGCUCAACAUGCCCUGGGCUCCCAACACAUUUCCUUGAGCCUGUCUCCACAGAGCAGUGCAACUUUAUCUGAAAUGAUGAUGGGGACCUUUGUGGGUUCAGGAGUCACAGCCCUCCUUUUCCUGUCUGUCUGCAUCCUCCUCCUGGCAUGGUGGGAGCUGCUUUCCAACACAGGAGCCUCUGUGACGGGAGCACUGGCCACCUUGACCACCUGUCACAGACUUAACUGCAAGCAGAGGGUGGGGGAGUCUGCCAACCGCACUCCUUCCUGCUAUACUGAGAGGCUCCUUGGUGUCCUUACACCCAGAGUAAGAUCCUACAGGAGGAAACCAGCCAGGCCAGCUGUGGUAGCUCCGCACCCAGAUGCCCUCAAGGUCUCAGUUUCUCAGAAUCCCCUGGUUGAAUCCCAGGCAGAUGACAGCUCUGAGCCCCUGCCUUCCAUACUUGAGGCGGCCCCCUCCUCCACAGAGGAAGAGAUACAUUAUGCGACCCUCAGCUUUCACGAGAUGAAGCCCAUGAACCUGUGGGGGCAACAGGACACUACCACGGAGUACUCAGAGAUAAAGUUUCCACAAAGGACCGCAUGGCCAUGACCGUGGCUGGAGAAAGCAUGGUGGCCCCAGGAGGCUGGCUCUGGAGAAGGAAAGAGUCACCUAGGUUGACAUGUGAUACACAGGGCUUCAGAGCCAUUCCUUCUGUGACACAGGCGUUCUGUGCUGCCCAUGCCCCUGUGCUGCCCUGUCCACACAACUGCUAUUGUGCCCUGGGAAUCAUAAGCUUGACCUUUUUACUCCUCUUCUCCCCUUCCCCUCCUUCCCCGCCCCCUCUUCUCCUCCUCCUCUCUCCCCUCUCCUCCCCUCUUCCUUUUG